CUUCUUCCCUCCUACCGAUCCGCUCUGAGAGCUCCACAGAUCACAGCCACCAGAGGAUAGAUAGAAAGAUAGAACGGUUCCUCCUCCGUCCACAGAGCAGAAACACCAGUGGAUGGAUAAGUUCCUGCUGCAGGUCACAGCCUCUCUAGAGGAUCACACAGAGAGAUGAUGAGGACUAGAGGACGUCCAGCAUCUUCUCAUCCUGACUCUCAGUGGAGGGAAGUCGUCUCCUGUCCAUGGAUGUGAAACAUCCUGACAGCUAACCGUGAGGAAACAUCUCUGCUAUGUUUCCAUGUUUAGCUCAUCUCCAAGCCUCUGAUCCCUCCCUCCACUCCAGGACAUGAUGGAUUACUUCUUCCAGCGUCAUUUCGGGCGACGGAGGAAACGUCAGAAGCUCAUCGCUGCAGCGCGUCCUCCUGCUCCUGCAGUUCAGACCAGUAAAGCCAGGAGGCGCUCUAGUGUCGGUCUGCCCUCAGUGACUUUAGUCCAGUCCAGACGCUCCUCCGUCGGUCUGCCUCCGGUUUGUCCCGACCAGAGGAGACGUCCCAGUAUCGGCCUGCUGGUGGCCAGUGGACAGAGACGCCAGUCCAUCAUAGACCAGACCAACCCUGGAGACCCAACAUCUGGACGAGGACCAGAUGUUGGCAUCACCAAAGGACGGAGGGCGUUCCAUCAUAACGCUCCUCAUGCUCGUCGUCCCUCCUGCACCGUCUCCUGCGUCCACCGUGGGCUGGCAGUGAGACAUCGGCGUCCUCCUAAAGUGAAGUCCAUAGAGUCUCAUCCUGGCUCGUCCAUGCUGCUGGCCAGUCUGGUCCAGAUGGGACGAGGAGACAAAGACAACGAAGAGUCCAUGGAGGAGCUGGAGGCCUCCCAGUGCUCCUGUUCUGAGUCAGAAGAAGAAGAAGGAAGUGAGGAAGAGGUGGAGAACAGAACCAGAGACCUGAAGGACUUCAGGCCCUCAGCUCAGGCUCAUCUAACCCAGGCCGUCCACACAGAGACCAUCAGAGCCAAACCUUUACUGCGUCCUCCUCGCUGUCUGAGAAGAAACUCCUCCCACCUCCUCCCAGCAGACUCUGUGUUUCAGAACAGCCAAGAAGCUUCUGGAGUUUAUGGUCACUAUCAUCCACGAAGCUCCAGCCAGAGUCAGGACACGUUGAACAAACCCAUCCAGACCUCCAGGACCAGCCCCAGCCUGGUCCAGCUGGCCUCAGCAGGUCUCAGGGCUCCAGGAUCCUCCUCUGGGUCUGUCCUCCAUAAGAGCUGCUCCUCACCGCUGGACGGACCUCAGGGAAGCAUUUACUAUGAUCCUUACCUGGAGACAUGGGAGAACUUCCUGUCGAAAGCCAUCGCUAAGUCGGGCCUGCACCAGCUGCCCUGCCAGCCCAGCACCUCGUUCCUCAGCAAGACCGACCCAGAAGCCAACAUCCGCAGCACUGUGGACUGGACUGAGUCGGCGGUGUACGGAGAUCAUAUCUGGUUUGAGACCAACGCGUCUGGAGACUACUGCUAUGUGGGAGAACAGCACUGCAUCGCCAGAGCUCUGCAAAAGUCUGUCAGCAGGAGGAAGUGUGCUGCCUGUAAGAUCGUCGCUCACACCAUCUGUAUAGAACAGCUGGAGAAGAUUAACUUCAGAUGUAAACCUUCAUUCAGAGAGUCUGGCUCCAGGAACAUUCGAGAGCCCAUCGUGGUGCGUCACCACUGGGUGCAUCGGAGACGGCAGGAAGGCAAAUGUAAACAGUGUGGGAAGGGCUUCCAGCAGAAGUUUGCUUUCCACAGUAAGGAGAUCGUUGCCAUCAGCUGCUCGUGGUGCAAACAGGCUUACCACAACAAAGUUUCCUGCUUCAUGCUGCAGCAGAUAGAGGAGUCCUGUCCGGUUGGAGCUCACGCUGCCCUCAUAGUUCCUCCAACAUGGAUCAUCAGGAUCAGACGCCAUCAGUCUUCUAUGAAGUCCAGUAAGAAGAAGAAGAGAACUUCAUUCAAGAGGAAAAGCAGCAAGAAAGGAGCAGAGGAGGGCCGGCAGUGGAAGCCGUUUAUAAUCCGACCAAUCCCCUCUCCUCUGAUGAAACCACUGCUGGUGUUCGUCAACCCAAAGAGUGGAGGGAACCAGGGAACUAAGAUCCUCCAGUCCUUCAUGUGGUACCUGAACCCCAGACAGGUGUUUGAUCUGACCCAGGGAGGACCAAAGGACGGGUUGGAGCUGUACCGUAAAGUCCAUAACCUGAGGAUCCUGGCCUGUGGAGGAGACGGCACGGUGGGAUGGAUCCUGUCCUGCCUCGACGACCUCACAUUAAAUCCUCAACCUCCCGUCGCCGUGCUGCCGCUGGGGACAGGAAAUGACCUCGCACGGACCCUCAACUGGGGAGGGGGCUACACCGAUGAACCGCUGUCUAAGAUCCUGUCCCAUGUGGAGGACGGAGCUGUGGUCCAGCUGGACAGGUGGAACCUACAGGUUGAACCAAACACCAGUGCAGGGGCUGAACCGGAUGAGCAGCAGACUGAUAAGCUUCCUCUGGACGUCUUCAACAACUACUUCAGCCUCGGGUUUGAUGCUCAUGUGACUCUAGAGUUCCACGAGUCCAGAGAGGCCAACCCAGAGAAGUUCAACAGCCGGUUCAGGAAUAAGAUGUUCUACGCUGGGACGGCCUUUUCAGAUUUCCUGAUGGGAAGCUCCAAAGACCUGUCGAAGCACAUCAGAGUGGUGUGUGACGGAACAGAUUUAACAUCCAAGGUUCAGGACCUGAAGCUGCAGUGUUUGGUCUUCCUCAACAUCCCCAGGUAUUGUGCCGGUACCACGCCGUGGGGAAACCCCAGCGAUCACCACGACUUUGAACCCCAGCGCCAUGACGACGGCUACAUCGAGGUCAUCGGGUUCACCAUGACAUCACUGGCAACUCUGCAGGUUGGAGGUCAUGGUGAGAGGUUGAACCAGUGCAGAGAAGUUACCCUGACCACCACCAAACCUCUGCCAGUGCAGGUGGACGGGGAACCCUGCAGACUCGCUCCGUCCGUCAUCCACAUCAGCCUCAGGAACCAGGCCAAUAUGGUCCAGAAGACCAAACGGAGGACCUCAUUACCUCACCUUAAUGAUCAGCAGCCGGUCCCAGAGAGGUUGAGGAUCAGAGUCAGUCGGAUCAGUAUGAGCGACUAUGAAGCUUUGCACUACGACAAGGACAAACUACGGCAAGCAUCCAUUCCUCUGGGGCUGAUCGUGGUUCCUGGUGACAGCGACUUAGAAACCUGCCGAGAACACAUCCAGCGGCUGCAGGAGGACUUCUGCUCUGUCCAACCCGUCCUCAGAUGUCUGCAGGAGGAGGCGGCCAAGCCAAAGAUUGUUUCCUCGCAGAGAUUAUCUCCAAAGUGGUGUUUCCUAGACUCUACGACAGCAGAUCGCUUCUACAGGAUCGACAGAGCCCAGGAACAUCUCAACUAUGUGUCAGAAAUCUCCCAGGAAGAGAUCUUUAUCCUGGAUCCUGAACUGGUCGUCAUGGCGACAGUAGGCACCUCCCCCUCAGCCAUGCCUGACCUGGUUAACCCUUCGUCCUCCGGCCUGGUCAGCAGCAGUUCUUCCCAGAGCAGCGAGUCAACAGUGACAGCUCUGCAGCUGAAGCUUUAACGCACAACACAACCCCUGUGGCCAGCAAACUCACCCGGGCGGGUUGCAUCCAUCGAUCCAACACCACUGCUGCUGAUUUUAACCUAAGACACCGACAGGAAAAGAACCAGAAGUCGAGUGAAGCAGACAAAGACAAAGAAAAAGAAAUGUUGAUCGAAUGCGUGAAGAACAAGGACCUGAAGAAGGUAAGAGAUGGUUUCUGAAACUAAUGUGUGAAUCUUCAUCUACAGAUGGAGUUUGGUUUCAAGGCUUGAGGCUCCAUUGGACAAUUUAAAUCAUCACCUCUGAACUCCAGCAUAAAGCAUGUUGACUUUUUUUUAACUAAAAUUACACCAUUUAUCAGAGCUAGAAACCGUAAAAACAGAGAACUGAUUGACUUCCAGGUCUCUGACUGUCAUUUCCACUCAUUUAUGUGGUUCUGUCGAGAAAAUUACCCAAACCUCAGCUUAAACUCAUGUAGUUUCAUCAAAAUUACUUCAUGUGUUAUUCAAAAGUUUACCAAAAACAAUCAACAGAUUCUGUGAAAAACUAGAAAUGUUGAACUCUUCGGUAGAAGCGUGAAGUUGAGAUAGACUCGACUGACACAAACACUCUAGUGACAGAUAUACAGGAACGUUUCUGCUGCUUGGCUGGAAAAUUUAGACAGAGGAGCAGGAACCUUAGAUGAAUCCAGGAAUCCAGGUCGUUAUCGAAAAUGAGAACUUGUUCUCAACUAACUCACCUGGUAAAAUAAAGGUUAAAUAAAUAAAUAUAAAUAAAUGUGUUGAAGAUCCAUUCAGCAUGGUGAAACAGCUCUAUGUGUAAAGUAGUGAAAAACCCAGCAUUUAUGGAGGUCAUUAAAACGUUAGCAGUAAGGAGCCUUUGGUAUGGAGAGAUAAUAUUCUUUCUAGUAAUGACUGAGGGCACUGGAGAAAUAUCUGUAAAUUAAAUAAGCAAGAAAAUCUGAAUUUAGUUUUCUGUUUAGUUUAUAACUUUGUUCCACGACACCAAAGACAUGUUUGAGUUGUGUAGCCGUUAUUAUUGUGUUUCCACAGAGGAGCAAGACUUUAGUUUCAGCUGUUUUUAUAUUUUAUAGUUUAGAGUGUUUGGUGAUUUUCAAACAAACACACAAUCAUGAUGUUUAGAACAACAGAAGAGGAUGUGAGAUGUUUUUAGAUUGUCUUAAACCUUAGUCUGAACCCGGCACCUGGGAAAUACGACUCUAUGCUAGACUGCACAUUACGCCAGCGUGAACAUCCCAUAAUACAUUGUUCAUUAUGUGCUGCUGAUAAUAAACAAUGGUGGACGGCGCCCAGAGCAGCUCAGCAUCUGUUCCUCUUCAGUCUGAGGUUUAGAGAUGGAAACGGAGUCUGAUGAGCUGACGGGUCUGUCUGGUGUCAGGAAGAGGAAAUGAUGCUGCUGGGUUACCAUGGAAACACCUCAAACUGGCAGUAUAACCUUCAGGAAGUGACCCGUUAUUACACUGAGUAAAGCUGCUUUAAAGAUGCAGAUUAAGGUUUAUUCCAGUAAUAGCAGAGUGGACCAAAUGCUGGGGAUGAUCUAAAAAAGAUAAAAACAACCAAACGUCCAAGUCUUCGGCUCCGUCAGGUCUUCAGCUCCGUCAGGUCUUCAGCUCCGGCAUGUCUUUAGCUCUGUCAGGUCUUUAGCUCUGUCAGGUCUUCAGCUCCGUCAGGUCUUCAGCUCCAUCAGGUCUUCAGCUCCUUCAGUUCUUUAGCUUCUUCAGGUCUUCAGCUCCGUCAGGUCUUCAGCUCCGGCAUGUCUUUAGCUCUGUCAGGUCUUUAGCUCUGUCAGGUCUUCAGCUCCGUCAGGUCUUCAGCUCCAUCAGGUCUUCAGCUCCUUCAGUUCUUUAGCUUCUUCAGGUCUUCAGCUCCGUCAGGUCUUCAGCUCCGUCAUGUCUUUAGCUCUGUCAGGUCUUCAGCUCCAUCAGGUCUUCAGCUCCUUCAGUUCUUUAGCUUCUUCAGGUCUUCAGCUCCGUCAGGUCUUCAGCUCCGGCAUGUCUUUAGCUCUGUCAGGUCUUCAGCUCCAUCAGGUCUUCAGCUCCUUCAGUUCUUUAGCUUCUUCAGGUCUUCAGCUCCGUCAGGUCUUCAGCUCCGGCAUGUCUUUAGCUCUGUCAGGUCUUUAGCUCUGUCAGGUCUUUAGCUCUGUCAGGUCUUCAGCUCCGUCAGGUCUUCAGCUCCGGCAUGUCUUUAGCUCUGUCAGGUCUUUAGCUCUGUCAGGUCUUCAGCUCCGUCAGGUCUUCAGCUCCAUCAGGUCUUCAGCUCCUUCAGUUCUUUAGCUUCUUCAGGUCUUCAGCUCCGUCAGGUCUUCAGCUCCGUCAGGUCUUCAGCUCCGGCAUGUCUUCAGCUCUGUCAGGUCUUUAGCUCUGUCAGGUCUUUAGCUCUGUCAGGUCUUCAGCUCCGUCAGGUCUUCAGCUCCGGCAUGUCUUUAGCUCUGUCAGGUCUUUAGCUCUGUCAGGUCUUCAGCUCCGUCAGGUCUUCAGCUCCAUCAGGUCUUCAGCUCCUUCAGUUCUUUAGCUUCUUCAGGUCUUCAGCUCCGUCAGGUCUUCAGCUCCGUCAGGUCUUCAGCUCCGGCAUGUCUUCAGCUCUGUCAGGUCUUUAGCUCUGUCAGGUCUUUAGCUCUGUCAGGUCUUCAGCUCCGUCAGGUCUUCAGCUCCGGCAUGUCUUUAGCUGUGUCAGGUCUUUAGCUCUGUCAGGUCUUCAGCUCCAUCAGGUCUUCAGCUCCUUCAGUUCUUUAGCUUCUUCAGGUCUUCAGCUCCGUCAGGUCUUCAGCUCCGGCAUGUCUUCAGCUCUGUCAGGUCUUUAGCUCUGUCAGGUCUUUAGCUCUGUCAGGUCUUCAGCUCCGUCAGGUCUUCAGCUCCGGCAUGUCUUUAGCUCUGUCAGGUCUUUAGCUCUGUCAGGUCUUCAGCUCCUUCAGUUCUUUAGCUUCUUCAGGUCUUCAGCUCCGUCAGGUCUUCAGCUCCGGCAUGUCUUUAGCUCUGUCAGGUCUUCAGCUCCAUCAGGUCUUCAGCUCCUUCAGUUCUUUAGCUUCUUCAGGUCUUCAGCUCCGUCAGGUCUUCAGCUCCGGCAU